UUCCGAUAACCGAAAAAAGAAGAUGCAGCCCAGGCGCGGAAUGAUUACGUCCAACACUUGUAUAGACGUCGUUAUGGCAGCCCAUGCUACUGAGCUUGAAAUUGCCAAGAAACAUUUAACUGAAGCAAUUGGUGAUAAUGUUAAACAUUACUGGGCGAACUUGAAACUGUGGUUCAAACACAAGAUAAGCAAGGAAGAGUUUGACAUCGAGGCUCGUCGCCUUUUGGCACAAGACAACGUUCAUGUCCACAAUGACUUUCUCCUGGCCAUUCUCACACGUUGUCAGAUAAUCGUCGCCACACCAGAGGGUGCUGGAUCUUUGCAGUGGGCAGGUAGCUCAGCCUCCAAGCCUGGCAAGCCUGCCAAAGGAAAAAAGAAGUUCUCCUUCAGACAGAAAUUUGAUCAUCGCUUCCAGCCCCAGAACCCUCUGAGUGCGGCCCAGGCCUUCAGCCCGCGGGAGGUUGGGAGUGAGGAAGAGGAGCUGAGACUUAGUGCCCACACCCUGUUGCUGCCCACCCGGGGCCAGCUGGAGGCCCGCAUGAUGGUCACCGCUUUUGAGCUGGGCCUGGACAACGUCACGGAGGACGCCGUCAACACCAUGGUCCACGCAGUGGAGAACCACCUGAAGGACAUGCUGACUGCUGUGGUGUCCAGGAGGAAGGCCUACCGACUGCGUGAUGGACACUUCCCCUACGCCUUCGGCAGUGAUGUCACCCCCCAGCCCUACUUGAAGAACAGCCUGGCAGCCUACCACAUUGUCACAGAUUGCCCACCUCACAGUGCAUCUCGCCUGGCCGGCCCGCCCCCUCAGCUAUUACAAGACGAUGCUGAGCAGCAGGCUGCUCUCCUAUUAGCCUGUUCUGGUGACAGUCUCCUUGCGCCCCUCCCUCCGAUCAGCAUGUUUGACCUCCUGGAAGCGUUACAGGUCCACCGAGGUGUGAUGCCCUCUCACACCAUGUAUGCCCUGAACAUGGAACGGAUUCUGUCCCGGCUGUGGCAUCCCAGUCACGAGGACCUGGAGCAGGACCAUGUGCACCGCCAACGCCUCGCAGGGAAGGAUGGUCUGCUCGUCAGCUGAGACACACACACACACACACACAGACAGUUUGGUGGAUAGACAGGCAGAUUGUGGUGGGGGUAUGGCUGAGACAAAUGGAGAGUUUAACACACAGUGUUGAGGCAUCCAUAUGGCCCCUAAAUCCUGCCUUGAAGCAGAGCGAGAGGAUGAUAUCGAAGACUGGAUUUCCACUCCACUAGGUCUACUCCGUAGAGGCUCUGCAACCGCUUCACCGCGCACCACAACUUUACACUAGUGUCAAUAACGUUUUCCAACGCUUGGUAGAGUGCAAACCCAGCCUAAGAUGCACACAGUAGAUCUGUGUUGAAGGCUCACAGAGCUGUGCUGUAAUGAGAAGGAAGGAAGGAAUGAAGGCCCAGUGUGUUGUGGUCACAGACAGCUUGUUAUGGCACUAACAUGUCUACACAGGUGCGCACACAGUGAUAUCUCUCCCAUAGCCUCUCUGACCCUCCUUUAAAUGCACAGUUAGUGAUGUUAAUACGUUUGAGGAGGUGUGCAUUUCUGACCUUCUGGUGGGUUUAUUUUGUCAGUUAAUUUGUUUGAUAGAAUAGUGUUACAUUUGUUGUAUUUCCCAAGCCUUUGUGUACAAAUGUUGCAGCCCUAUUAUUGCGAUAUUAACAUGCUCUUGUAGAGUUAUGCCUGAGUAGUACACUUGGGUCCUUGUUCACUGUACUUUGUCAGAGCAAUGCAUGCAUUAGUAUGCAUACAAAUGUGUAUAUAUGGUUUUAGUUAUUUUUUUUACACCAGCGAUCUUGUUUAAUAUCAAAGUCCACUUGACCAAUAGUAUUUACUCUAGUAUCUUAUGGUGCCACUGUUGCCAAUGACAUCUAUAGUGACACCAACUGGUCUGGUGCAGCCAUCUAAGGUUGCAGUGACUUUAUGUUCACACAGCUUGUAAGGACAUAUACGUAAGGUUUUCUUACCAUGUUUCAUGGCCCAUGUCCAUCUGUUCAGUUCUUAUAGCCCUGGUGAUAUAUGGUGCCAUCUAGUGGUGCAGUGUGGCCGACUUUGAAUGCAGCAACUAAUCAUUGUCAAAUUCAUUAGGCUAAUUCAUUGACUCCAGAUUUGGUAUAUAGACUCAAUCUGACUUCAUGAGUUCAUGAGAAGAUGUUUUAAGUAUUAUUAGCAUAUGUGCUAACAUGCAUCUAUAGGUUCAUCUUAAGGACGUCCAUGAUGGCGAUGAUGCGUUUCAAGUUGAUAGGCCACUUUGGAGUGGCUUUACAGUGGUUUAAAUGGACACGUCAAAUCUGAUUUUUGAUUUGUUAACUCUGCCAUCUUUUUACCAAUCCCUUUUAGCUUUUCUCAAGCUAAGUUAAGAUGUAGCAUGGGCCAACAUUCCACAUUUGGUGUCAUGGUUCAUGAAAAUAUUUAUUUUAAGUUAUUUUUAGCAUAUGUGCUAAUAUGCAUCUAUUGGUAUAGUGUGACCAUCUUUGAAUGCAUUAAUGUUAUUUUCUCAACUGUUUAGGGACUGUUUUGAUGAUUCAAAAUACCAAAUUCUGAGUGUAUCAGACUUUCAGUCCAGGUGAAGAUUAUUUUAUGAUUACUUUAAACAUUAGCCUUACAUAGGAAACUAUUAACAAUUCACUUUGAUAUCUUUAAAAAAGUUAGUCAAAGCCAAACUUAACAUGGUUCAUCAUGGUAAUGUAUUUGAUGACCCUACAAAGUCGAUAGGCCAUUGUCCAUUUAAAACCUUUGUAAAUCCACAUGUAAAAUCUGAUUUCCUGAUUUAUCAAUAACUCAGCCAUCUCGUCACCAAUCCCUUAGUUUGAGAAAAACUAAGUUAAGAGAUGGUAUAAUUUGGAUUUAUGGUUCAUGAGAAGUUUUUCAAAGAUUUUUCAAAAUGUCCAAGAUGAAGGAAAAUCUAUCCUGAGGGACCGUAUGGGUUCUUGAGGCAAAUUUGUUCAGCAUGGCUUUGCUGUGAAUCCCUUAUAAUAGUAGUAAACAGUAUGGCAGCAUCAUAAGUGGUGUGCAAGUGUCCGUGUAGGCGUGAUAGUCCUGUUUACAUGUAUAUUGGCCUAAAACAUGACUGGUAGCAGGGAUAUAUAUAACUACUUAUGGUUAUACACUAAUGGUAUUAUAUACAGUGCAUUUGGAAAGUAUUCAGACCCCUUGACUUUGUCCACAUUGUUACGUUACAGCCUUAUUCUAAAAUUGUUUUUUGUUUUUUAGAAAAUCCUCAGUCUACACAUUACCCCAUAAUGACAAAGUGAAAACCGGUUUUUAGAUUUUUUGUGUGCAAAUGUAUUAAAAAUAAAUAAAAAACAUACCUUUUUUAUGUAAAGUAUUCAGACCCUAGCUAUGAGACUUGAAAUUGAGCUCAGGGGAAUCCUGUUUCCAUUGAUCAUCCUUGAUGUUUCUACAACUUGAUUGGAGUCCACUCGUGGUAAAUUCAAUUGAUUGGACAUGAUUUGGAAAGGCACACACCUGUCUAUAUAAGGUCUCACAGUUGACAGUGCAUGCCAGAGCAAAACCAAGCCAUGAAGUCAAAGGAAUUCUCUGUAGAGCUCAGAGACCGCAUUGUGUUGUGGCUCAGAUCUGGGGAAGAGUAUCAAGAAAGAGAUCCACAAGAACACAGUGGCCUUCAUCACUUUUAAAUGGAAGAAAUUUGGAACCACCAAGACUCUUCCUAGAGCUGACCACCCAGCCAAACUGAGAAAUUGGAGAAGGGUCUUGGUCAGGGAGGUGACCAAGAACCCGAUGGUCACUCUGACAGAGCUCCAGAUUUUCUCUGUGGGAUGGUUGUCCUUCUGGAAUGUUCUCCCAUCUCUGCAGUACUUCACCAAACAGGUCUUCAUGUUAGAGUGGAUAUGCAGAAGCCACUCCUCAGUAAAAGGCACAUGACAGCCCGCUUGGAAUUUGCCAAAAGGCACCUACUGGACUCUGACCAUGAGAAACAAGAUUGUCUGGUCUGAUGAAACCAAGAUUGAACUCUUUGGCCCAAAUGCCAAGCGUCAUAUCUGGAGGAAACCUAGCACCAUCCAUACGGUGAAACAUUGUGGUGGCAGAAUCAUGCUGUGGGGAUGUUUUUCAGCGGCAGGGACUGGGAAACUAGUCAGGGUCGAGGGAAAGAUGAACUGAGCUAAGUACAGAGAGAUCCUUGAUAAAAACCUGUUCCAGACCGCUCAGACUGGGGCGAAAGUUCACCUUCCAACAGGACAACGACCCUAAGCACACAGCCAAGACAACACAGGGGUGUCUUUGGAACAAGUCUCUGAAUGUCCUUGAGUGGCCCAGGCGGAGCCUGGACUUGAACCUGAUCGUACAUCUCUGGCUUUGCAGCGACACUCCCUAUCCAACCCGAGAGAGCUUGAGAGGAUCUGCAGAGAAGAAUGAAAAAAAUACAUUCUAAAAUUGAUAAGGUUGUAACAUAACCAAAUGUGGGGGGAAAGUCCAGAGGCCUUAAUGCUUUCCAAAUGCACUGUACACGUAAACAGGAGUAAUAGUGACCAGUAGCAGUAUGAAUAGAUACUUGGGAAUGUCAAUCAAUAACCAAUGGAUAGCAGCAUAGUGGUAAUCAUUUAAGCAGCAGUGUAGGUGUGAAGGGGGGCAGUAGUUGACACUAUUGAACACGUAUACAUAUCUAUUGAACAUAUUACACUAUCUACACGACACUAUUGAAGAACACUAUUGAAGAAUGGUUUUUUUUCUCAGUCAUGAACUCAUCAAAGAUAUUUUAAUUUAUUAUAUAGCACCUCAGCUCCUUAAAACACCAGUCGUAAGACUAUUAGUACCAACCAGCAUUUACAACAGGAGACAGACAGUAUUUUAGGCACACCCUGACCCACCGUCAUAGAAAACGUAACUGCUCCCAGAGCUCUCUUGCCAUAUUUGGCUUGCUUGCUGCUCAUUUCCGAAACGGUGUCCAAUCGUUGUCGAGGAGCACGGUCCCCUACCAAGCGAUUACACUACACUGGAGUGACUCAAUGGUCAGUCUGUCCCCAUUUUACUGUUAACAAACAUUAAAUGUAUUCACUGUUCAUCCAAGAACGAACUAUUCAACGUGUUUUCUGCGCCAAUAAAAGCUAUUUAAAACCCGAU